AUGGGUGUUCCGAAGUUUUUCAGAUAUACCAGUGAAAGGUACCCUUGUCUAAAUGAGUUGGUGAAGCAAUAUCAGAUCCCCGACUUUGACAACAUGUAUUUGGAUAUGAAUGGCAUUAUACACAACUGCUCACAUCCUGAUGACUCAAAUCCACAUUUUCGAAUCACAGAAGAGAAAAUAUUUAAGGAUAUUUUUCAUUAUUUAAGUGUUUUAUUUCAAAUUAUAAAGCCCAAGAAGCUGUUCUUCAUGGCUAUUGAUGGUGUUGCUCCAAGGGCCAAAAUGAAUCAGCAGAGGGGUCGACGAUUCCGAUCUGCAAGGGAAGCAGAAGAAUUAGAAGCUCAGGCUAAGGCUAAAGGAGAAGUGCUGCCCACUGAAAAGAGGUUUGACAGUAACUGUAUUACACCAGGAACUGUUUUUAUGGCAAGGCUUCAUGAACAGUUGAAAUAUUUUGUAAAAAUGAAGAUUACCCAGGAUCCAUUAUGGUCAAAAGUUAAAGUGAUUUUAUCUGGUCAUGAGACUCCCGGAGAGGGUGAACAUAAGAUUAUGGAUUAUAUUCGUUGGGCUCGUUCUCAACCAGACUAUGACCCAAACACCCGCCAUUGUUUGUAUGGUCUUGAUGCCGAUCUCAUUAUGUUAGGAAUGUGUACUCAUGAACCACACUUUGCUUUACUAAGAGAAGAGGUAAAAUUUGGCAAAACAACCCAAAGAGCGACCAGCCCAGAAGAGACCAACUUCUACCUUUUGCAUUUAUCUUUACUCCGAGAGUACUUAGAACAAGAAUUCAUAUCUAUAAAAGAAAAUCUUCCAUUUAAAUAUGACAUUGAGAAGAUUGUUGAUGAUUGGGUUUUAAUGGGAUUUUUGGUUGGAAAUGAUUUUAUUCCCAACUUACCGAAUAUGCAUAUAAGUAAUGAUGCAUUGCCGCUAUUGUAUAAGACGUAUAUGACUGUUCUACCGACUUUAGAUGGAUAUAUAAAUGAAGCUGGUGACCUGAACCUAGCUAGGUUUGAAGUUUUCAUGCAAGAGUUGGCUAAAAUAGACAAAGAGAAGUUUCAAGACACUUAUGCAGACCUGAAAUAUUUUGAAAUGAAAACUGGAAGACGGCCUAAUGCUAAUGAGAGAAAAGAUUACAAACCGAACAAUGAUGAUACGUUCAACGUAAACAUAGACGAUAUAAAGGCAAACAAACCAGAUGAUGAAUUACAAGCUCUCAUCAAUGCUACACAGGAAAUGUUCAUGGACGACGUCGCAGUUGAUGAUGAUGAUGAAUAUGAAGAAACUAGUGAUGAGGAGGCAACUAUUGAAAUGGAGUUCAUAUUACACAAAAAGGACUAUUAUAUGAACAAAUUGGAUUAUUCUAAAGUUACUGAUGAAGUACUAGCGGACCAAGCCGAGGGCUAUGUGCGUGCAAUACAAUGGAACUUAUUCUAUUACUAUAAGGGGUGUCCUUCCUGGUGCUGGUAUUAUCCGCACCACUACGCACCAUAUAUAUCAGAUAUUAAGGGGUUCAAGGAUUUGAAAAUUGAGUUUGAGUUGGGCGAUCCGUUCAAACCAUUUGAACAGCUGUUGGCAGUAUUACCAGCAGCCAGUAAGCAUCUCCUACCGACUCCAUUCCAUGACCUGAUGACGGAUGAGGAUUCACCUAUUGUACAUUACUACCCAAUACAUUUUGAAACAGAUCUGAAUGGAAAGAAGAACGAUUGGGAGGCUGUUGUCUUGAUACCAUUUAUUGACGAGGUCAAUCUCUUAUCAGCAAUGUCGCCCUGUUAUCAGCGUUUGACGGAAGAAGAGCUCAAGCGUAAUAUGCACGGACCUAUGCUCGUAUAUAACUGGAGUUCUACACCUGUAGGUACAGCUCAAGCGCCUGACUUUUUCCCACCGAUAUCCUGUCAUGCAAUAGAACAGGCAGUAUUCCGGACAGAACUGGAAGUGAGCGAAGAGAACCUAAAAAGAGGAAUGUUGCCAAAUGCGCAGAGGGAUCUCUUGUUCCCCCGGAUUCCCUACGAUGCGCCACUUGAAGUAUCAGACGCAACUAAGAAAAUGCAAGGUCAAAGUAUUCGACCAGCCUUCGCGCAAUGA